GCGGUUAUUGUUGGCAAUGAAGAUAGUCGUAGACGCAGAUUCUGGAUGAUAAUUUUCAGCUGUAUUCGACAUUCCACUUUUUAUUUAUUUUUAUUUUAUUUAAUACUCUUUAUUUGUAAAAAAUGUAUGGUCGCACCGAGAAUUUCAAAGAAAACCCAAAUUUGACUUAUGAUUAGAUUUAAUAUUAGAAACUACAGCUAAGUUACAAGUAAGUGCCUGUUUACUCCAAAGUUGGGAGUAAAAGUGUUAAAAUAAUUAUUACAUAUUGUGAAAGAGUAGGUGACGCUCAUACAAAGGAAUGCGGCCGAACAAUGGGUGCAAUCUUGCACUUUUGGCAAGGGCUGCCUCACGUACUCGCUGCAGGGUUGCCUCGCGUAACAUGUACACCACAAAAAUAAAAGAAAACAAGCAAAACAGAAACACAAGAAAAAGUAGAAUACAAAAGGCGGCCUUAUCGCUUAGUAGCGAUCUCUUCCAGGCAACCUUAGGCUUAGGAACUUAUUAGGACAACUGUAGGUGGUGUGUACGUAAUAAUAUUGUACAUACUACAUAUUGUGCACUUUCUGGUGUAAGUGGAUUUUGAAAGCAAAAACAAAUCAUUUAUUUUUAUUAAUUUUUUAACAGAUUCCUGAGAUCCACAGUUAUUGCUACAAAUAGAAGAAGGGUUUAGAAAUUUUCCAUUCCAACCUAUUUUAACAUACCUAUUGGCCGCGUACUGACUGAGCGAGCAGCUUCGCGAGGCAGCCUCGGACGUUUGCCUCGCAACGUUUGCCGCGCGAGGCAGCCUCAUUCUGUAAUUUAAUACACAUGAGACUGCCGCGCGCGGCAAAGCCGAGCCAGACCGAGGCUGAGCAAAAGACUCGAACGCUCAGUAGUUACUCACAAGUCGAACAGAAGCCACGCGCGAGUAGCGCAUAUUCAGUUUAGAUUAAGAUUAUCAUGAGGCCGUGCGUUCGGAAGGCUAUCGCCACCACUGCCUUUAUACUGAUUCAUCAACUUGUACAAAAAAAGAAAAGAAAAAAAUCUAAACAUUUUUGGAUAAAAACGUUAUACAAAAACAGAUUUCAAGCUGGAAACAGAAUAUUUGAAGAGCUGUGCUUUGAUGACGCAGAAAGCAAUUUCACUAGAAUGAAUAAAAUUGAAUUUGAACAUCUGUACUCUCUUAUAAACGCCAAAAUAAGCAAGAAGGACACAAAUUUUCGAGAAGCAAUAACCGCAAGGGAAAGAUUGUUGGUUACGUUAAGAUUUUUGGCCACGGGAGAUUCUUAUACCAGUUUGCAGUAUCUGUUUCGUAUAUCAAAACAAAGAAUAUCAGUAAUCGUUCAUGAAGUUUGUGAUGCGUUAAUCGAUGUGCUAAGGGAUUAUGUUAAGAUACCAUCAUCCGAAGAAGAGUGGCUUACUAUAGCAAGAGAAUUUGAGACAAAAUGGAAUUUUCCGCAUGCUAUUGCAGCAAUGGAUGGGAAACAUGUUAUAUUACAAUCGCCUAUAAAUAGUGGCAAUGAUUUCGAUUGUUACAAAUUGUUUCCCAGUAUAGUCCUAUUUGCUUUAGUUGACGCCAAUUAUAAAUUCCUGUAUGUAGAUGUUGGUAGCAAAGGUCGUAUAUCAGAUGGCGGUGUGUUUAAAAAUACCAAUUUAUAUAAAAAACUUGAAAGAAGGGAACUUAAUAUUCCUCCGCCAGAAAUCUUACAAAUACCUUAUGAAACUGCAGUGCCGUAUUUUAUUUUGGCCGAUAAAGCAUUUGCAUUGGAUGAGUACACAAUGAAACCUUAUGAAGGUACUCCAAAUCGAGGUUCAAUGGAAAGGAUCUUUAAUUACCGACUGUCCAGAGCAAGGAGAGUUGUGGAAAAUGCUUUUGGCAUUUUAAGUUCUGUGUUCAGAGUAUUGAGGAAGCCCAUACUAUUGGAACCAGAAAAAGCUACAAAAGUCGUGUUAACUACUAUAUACUUAUAUAACUACUUGCGAAGGGAUCAAGAGGCCUCUCAAAGGUUUACUGCCCCGGGAUCAUUUGAUGUCGAAGCUGAAGGAACAAUAAUACCCGGGCGAUGGCGGCAGGAUACAGAAAUGUCAUCAAUGCUACCUAUUCGAGCUAUGCCACGGCGAGGGCCAACAGAUUUAAAAGAAAUACGUUCACAUUUAGGGAGACAUUUUAUUACAAAUGGAGCAAUUGCUUGGCAGAAUAAUUAUCAGUAAAUACUCACGUCUUCAGGUAAAGUAUCUUGAGUAUUUCCUGGAUGGUUUCUAUCGCCCAGGAAGCUGAAAGCUUCAUAGGCGUACCAAUUUGAUUUAUAUAUGUCACCACGACCUGUAAUAAAUAAUAAAUUAAUUAAAUUUGUACGACUGACUAUAAAUAUGUAAUGACUGUACGAAAACAUAAUAAUAAACAUAAACAUACCUGAUCCUGUGA